CCUGUUAUAACAAACCAUUAGUGCAGCUCCUUGUAAUUUUACGCUAAACUGCGCGCACCUAAAUCCUUGACAAAUUGGCAUCCACUGGCAUUCAAAGGCUAAGACCGUUGAACCUGGGCAAAAUAGAAACAUUUCGCCCUAGGAGAAACAAUGGCAAUCAUAAAAACGGAGUAGUAUUGCAACUUAGUUGUUAUUUCUAAUGCUACAUUUAAAUUGUUUAGAAGAAAAAACAUCGAUAUUCUGUCACUGUGGGUCCUUGGAAUGCAGCACGAGAGGAGUUAACUUGCAGGAAGUUGGAGAAGUCUUGGGCCGCGGGGGACAAUUUUUUCAGGAAGGGAUUCCAAUUCCAGGUCGGUGUAUCUCAAGAUAGGUUCGUACAUGUCAUACAGACGGACUACAAAGUAGGCUAUAGCGAAUUUAACUGUAGUGUCUAAACGAUUAUUUUUGUCACACUACAAUAACUUACGAGCUAUAUUAAAGAAUACAUUUCAAUUGGCAAACAUUUUGCGACAAGAAGAACUUAUAAAGCUGUGUAUUAGAAAACCAAUAAAUGUCUUUGGCAACGGAUGAAUAUAGAGAACAAGAAAUUAAGUUUUCCUGGAGGCGGCAUCUUUUAACGAAUUCCCGACUUUUUUCUUCAAGAAGUUGAUAACGGAUCAACAUUAAAUUAAUUUGCUUGUUGUGAUGUAUCCCUAGCUUUUCACUAAUCGUUACAGAAAUAUAAAGGACAUUUAAAAACGUGCACUGGAAAACUGCAUUUGACCGUAAGAUAACCGUUUGUCAUGAAACUGACGCCAAAGGGGAUGGCGCUUCAAGUCCAACAAUAGCAAUGUGAAAAAGAAGAAGUCCAGGAGAGCAAAGAGGACUUAAUCCUUUUGUUGCUGGGAAUGUUCUUGUGUGUGGGGUAAAACGCCCAGAACGUAGUUUUUUUCGGUGCUGAAGAAAUGUAGGCUACAACUGUUCAAUCCAAUGCGCUUGAGCUGGGAAAUAAUACGACUAUCCGAAGCGGAGUACAGCUUGAAUCCAGGGACUUUAUCAGAAUCGAGUCGGAAAGGGAGCUCAGACACUGACGGCUAUUUUUUGAUGCAUCUAUUCUAUACACCUGCAAAGGAUUCCGUUUCCUGUGAUAUCAUCACACCAUGCCUGAGGGGGCGCAACGCGGCAGCCAAAGAAAGCACAGCACCCAAGCUGCCCAACGCCCGUCCUCCGUCUCCUCCCUGAGCGGCAUUGUGGGAAGGAUGGCUUCCUCGGAGCGGGCCUCCCGCGGGAGCUGCACCUCCGUCAACACCGUGUGCUCCGACAGCGACCGGGCUGCCAGCCUGAGCUCCUCCGCCUCCUCCGCCUCCCUCCAGGACGGCCAGUCCUCCUCCUCCUCCUCCCUGCCCUUUGGGGCCGUGCCCGCCUACCCCCCGCCCCAGCGCAACGGCUCGGACAUCAGCCUGGAUCUCACGCCCCUCUCCCAGCUGCUGGAGGAGCGCGGUCGGGGGGCGGGGACAGCCUCCCCCAACUCGUCCACCCCCAAGCUGUCUCGUCUGGAGAGGGUGGUGCUGGAGAUCGUGGAGACAGAGCAGGCCUAUGUGCGAGACCUAAAGAGCAUAGUGGAGGAUUACUUGGGCUGCAUCAUCGACUGUGGGGAUCUGCCACUCAAGCCGGAGGAGGUCAGCGCCCUCUUCUGCAAUAUUGAGGACAUCUAUGAGUUCAACAGUGAGCUACUGGAGGACCUGGAGCGAAGUCCCCAUGUGGCAGCCAUCGCAGAGUGCUUUGUGGAGAGGAGUGAGGCAUUUGACAUCUACACCCUCUACUGUAUGAACUACCCCAACUCCGUGGCUGUUCUUAGAGACUGCAUGAAGAACCAGACUCUGGUGCGCUUCUUCCAGGAGAGGCAGGCCACCCUCUGUCACUCUCUACCUCUGGAAACGUACCUGCUCAAGCCGGUGCAGCGGAUCCUCAAAUACCACCUGCUACUGCAGGAGCUGUCCAAGCACUUUGACAAGAGUGACCCGGGGUAUGAGGUGGUGGAGGACGCAAUUAUUACCAUGACAGCAGUGGCCUGGUACAUCAAUGACAUGAAGAGGAAGCAGGAACAUGCUGUCAGACUACAGGAGAUUGAGAGCCUGCUGCUGAACUGGGCCGGGCCGGACCUCAGGGGGUUCGGGGAGCUGGUCCUGGAGGGCUCCUUCCGGGUCCAACGGGUCAAGAAGGAGAGGGCGUUCUUCCUCUUCGACAAGAUGCUCCUCAUCGCCAAGAAGCGGGCGGAGCACUUCAUAUACAGCACCCACAUCUUUUGCUGUAACCUUCUUCUAGUAGAAAAUAUGAAGGACCCCCUGUGCUUCAAGGUGUCUGACCAGACCAUUCCGAAACAGCUACAUGUUGUCCAGGCCAAGAACCAGGAGGAAAAGCGACUAUGGCUGCACUACCUCAAGAGGCUGAUUGUGGAGAACCACCCUGCUUCUCUGCCCCAGAAGGCAAGACAGGUCCUUGGUGACAACCUUUGCCAAUCUCUGCAGUUUGAUCAGGAGCCCAUCAGAAAACACGCCCCCUCUCCACGAUUGGACGACUCACGAGGAUACCAUCGUGGCAGGCGGCAGUCAGAGCCUCCAGAGUUCAUCUAUACCCCUGAGAAAGCCAAGAAGAGCCUCCCUUUGCUACUGGAGAGCAACAUGCCGUACCGACGGGGCAGGAGGCAGUCUGCCCCUGCCAAAGACAUCGAGGCAGUAUUUCAUCCCAGCGUCGCUUUGAAGGCAUGCAGCGAGGGUGAGCUGUACCCCCAGGCAGACAGCUUGGGCUCCUCCGGCAGUGCCAGCACACUGGCGUCCUCAGUUAUCGAGGUGGAAGCUGGGCAGGAUGACCUGGGGCUCGGCCCGGAGGAUGAGAUGACCCCUCCGACUCUGUCGAUAACCGAAGAGAUCCUGCAGUUCAUCAACCAGAGCCGAGCGCGGGAAGGCCUGCCCAGUCUGCAGCCUGACACAGAACUGUCCUCCUCUGAGCCCAUUGAUGAGCCCAGCAGUGGCCAGGAUUUGGGUGCCGUAGCCCAGAGGCAGGAGAAGGACCAGAGUUCAUCCCAAGAGCUUGGCAAAUCCCACUUGCAUUGUGAUCGCCAUUGCGCCCAAGAGGAGAGGACAGAGCAACCUCUGGAAGGGGAUGGAGCUAAGGGAAAUGCGCUAGCCUCUCAGGCCAAUGAGUGCCCUGAAGAGAAGAAAGUGGAAAAGGAAAGGUACACGCUGCCUCCAUUGUGCAUGCUGGAAGAAGUGCCAGCCCAGGUUGAAGAGAUCAUGGCCCCUCUUAACAGUCCAGAAGCCCAACCAGACCCACAAGAGUCGCUGGCGAGCCCCCAGUCUGAUGGGGCAGUGGAAGCACACCCUAAAGGCUCCAAUCCGGAUGCCCCACCAAUUCUUCAAGCAGAGGCCUCCUGCCUUCCUAUUGGGGAGGAAGGACCUAGUACAGAACCUCCCAGUGAGGACAAAGACACAGGCCCCGGUAGCUCUGCCCCCCCUGUGUCUGCCACUAAGGGCCUUCCAGCACCCAAGUGUGAGGCUGCGCUGACCAAGAAUGACCGUCAGAUCAUUGAGAAGAUCCGAAACUACUAUGAAGCAGCCGAGGUGGCGGAGGAGCAGCUGCCCCGAAGGAACAGCAUCUCCCACAUCCCGCUUGGUCUGGUCAAAGAGUCAGUGUCCCUCUUCAGUGUUUCUGCCCAUCAGGACUGCCUUUGCGAUCUGGAGGGGGGGCGUUCGGAGGAGGGCAAGGGAGAGUUUCUGCCUCCCCCUGAGAAGAGCCCUCAGAUGGAGGGAGACUCCCCUGGGCUGAUGACAGGCUGCCCUACCGAGGCUGAAGCCAGCAAUAGGCCGGGUGGCCAUAGAGAGCUGAGCCCUGCAGAGUGCACUGGGGUGGAACCCACCUGCAAGUUCCGGUCAUGCCGGGAGCUGAUGAAGGUGUGGAAGGAAAAGGAGCAAAGGGAAGCAGUGUUGUGCACAGAGGGGGGAAAGAGACACACACCACACAAAGGGGAGAGUUACAAACUUCAGGAGAGAGAGGAGCACUCUGAAGGCAUUAGAACAACCACUGAGAGCAACCUCGCUACUCCUGCAGGAAGGGGAGCGUCCACUGUCAUGGACACUAAUGCCUGUCCUAAACCAGACAACGAAGGCCAGUCUGAGACCACUUCCCAGAUGACUGAUACAGCAGCUGUAUCUCAGAUGGUGGGGAAGACCCGGUCCAGGAGCAGGCCUCACCACAGGAUUGACACGCAGGGGAGCUUAGAGGGUCUGCCCAGCCAGAUCAGUGUAGGAAAGUGGUCUGGGCGCGGCCAGGGGACCUCUGGCCGUCACCUCUUUGAUGGGACCCCCGAUGUGACGGGGAUUGGGCUGUUUGAGGGUGGGGCAGAUCUCUGUCUGGUGGAGAACUCAGAGAAAAUCCUCAGUAAGGUCCAGAUGCUGGCACGCAUGUACAGUGCCAAGGUCAGCAGCAUGAAGAUGCCCCUCCACAAGAGGGCAUGGGAGAGCCGGGCACCAGCAGGAGGGCAGGAGAGCACCCCUAAGGAAAUUCAGAAGGACAGGAAGAUGCAGAGCCUGGCCACAAGUGCAGGUGGUCCUCUUGUCUGUCCCCAGCCUUCGGAACCCGAACAGUAUGGCUAUGUUCUUGUCCGGGAACAGCUGUCUGCCAACUACCUCCAGGAAAAUGCCUGUGUCCUGGUGGGACCCAGGGAGAGCACUUCUGAGCCGGAGGGUAACCCCACCUCUCCUGCUUGUUCCCUCUCCUCCCAAAUAUUCCUGGAGGAGGCAGAGACCGAGGCCAAGCCAUCACAUAUGGGUGACUCCAGCAGCCAGUCAGAAGCUAUACUUGUAGAUGAGCCCUUGUCUCCAGCCCAGCCCCAUGUGAAGGGUGCAGACCCAGAGACCCCAAAAGCCAGCCUUGACUCUGAGUUUCACAUCCAGAGAGAUGCAGACAUUUCACCGGUUGAGUCUUUUCAGGAUUUGUCUGACAAUGGACCUCUAUCCAAAACUGAUGACCUUGCAUGCACACCUAAGAAAUCUGUUGAUGUCAAUAAUUCGCUCACUGUGGAAAAGCCAGAACAUCCUUUGUACCCAAUCAGGGAAGACCAUGCACUCAGUCCCUCUUCUUUUCUGGCUGGUGGAAUGAGGCAGAAAGUAAGGGAAUCAGACAUGGACAAUGUGAUGCCAGAGGUUGCAAAGAGUUUUGCUGAGUCUGAGACCUCUCCAGUACAGAAGGCAGAGGUUCCCUGCAUGGACUCUGAAGUGGAAAGUCACACUGUGGAUGAAGGGGAGAGGAUCCUUCUAGAAGCCUCUAGACAUUGUGAAGAAGUGGUCGUGGUUGCAGCAGGAAUGUCUGAUAGCUCCCCAGACAGUAACGAAGGUGCUCCUUGUGCCCCGAGUGAGGAUGCUGAGGAAAGCUCUGAAGGUUUAGGAGAUCCAGGUAGCUGUACUGCAGAAGUUUCAUCUUCCACACCAAGUUGCUUCAGACCUUCCCCUCCUGAAGAUUCUGCAUUGCCUUCAGUACCUGGGCUGGAAAAUGCAUCCGAAAUCGAAGUCCUGAGGCACAGAGCGGGAGCUGAAUGUUCCAAUCAAAUUAAAACCUUACCCACACCCCCACAUCCGAUGACUGUACUUACCUCUGAAGGCACUAAAGGAGAGAGUCCAGAGACCUUUCCCAAUACCUGCUCCACAGAUGAGGCUCGAUGUUCAGAUCAGCAGGAGUAUCCUGAUACAAAGUAUGUAGCGAUCCUUAAUGGUGGUCUGUCAGCCCAGAGUCCAACCACUUCUCUGCCCGGUACGCUAUGUUCAGAUGAUCUACCAAAGUUCACCAGCCAAAGACCUCCUGAUCUGCCAACAACAAGGGGGAGAAGGAGCUUACCUCUAAGUUUGGAGGCUCUGUCUCCGGGCAAAAGUGCUAUAGGCUCAAGAUCUCCCUCUGCCUCACUCAGGUACCGAGACCCUGCCCAGAAUGUGUCGAUGUCAAUCUCAGGAACAUCACCCACUAGGAGGCCACAUUCCCAGCCCUGCUUUGACCGACCUGCCCACCCAGCUGCUGCCAACAGCUUCAGCAGCAAGCCUCCAUCCGCCUUCAGCAUGGGCCUUCGCUCCCCGUCCCCUGUGAGAAACCUCCAGCCUGCCUGCUCGUCCCCCAUGCCAAGUGCGCUGACUAGGUCUCUGGCAGCCUCCUGCAUCAGCCAGACCAUCACCCAGACCCUUGUCAAAAGGAGCACUCGCACCCAAUCAGCUGUCCAGAAGAACCCCAGCUCCACCCUUCUUCCCACCUCUUCUGCUUCCUCUCUAAGAGCGAGGGCCUCCUCACCAAAACAGUGCUCCCUCACUAGCUCAAGUCCAAGCACGGGCACCACUAGCAUGUCCACAUGUGGCAUCCCCCGCUCCCCUACUGCCAAGGCCAACUCAACCCCUGUGCCCUCCUCCCCACCCUUCCGCAGCCAAAGGCCCAUGUCCCCCGCCCCACAUGCCAGCCUCCAGCAGAGCUCCACCACUUCUCGCCCCCGGUCUGCUGCCUUGGAGCAAUCACCACGUGCUAAUUGGAACAGCAACAACAACAACAGCAACAGCAUCUUCAGUGCACGUUAUGGGAAGCCACCAUUGGCAAAUGUGGGUCGAGCAGUACUGUCCCCUGACCCUCUCCGGAGCGCCUCGCAAAAUCGGGUGGCCCGGCCUUUUUCUUCCACAUCGGAGCCAAGCUCCCGGGUCCAGUCCCCUUCUCCUUCCACCUCUCCUUCCCCGUCCCCUUCCUGUGCCCAAAUCUACUCACCCCUACCUGCCCAGAACCAGGAGGGCAUCCCAAGGAACAAGCCACCCAACCCAAAAACCCCCAGGGCCGGAGGGCCAUGCAACUUUGCCCCUCUCUGCCUCACUCUGGAGCAUGUAGGGACCUCCUUUUCCUGCUCCUCGCCACCCUGUAGGAGUCCUCGGGUCACCUCACCACUGCCCAUAGGCAUCCCCACCAACAUGUGGGGGACCACUAACCCCCAACCACGAAAACCAACCUCGGCUUCCUCUUCCACUGCUGCCCAGCCACAGUGCCCCAGAAUCAACUCCCCUUCUAUGCCAGGAGCUUCCUGUGCAAAUGGGCCCUCUGCCACCCAAAGCUUGAGGUGGCAAAAGGGAAGCAGCCUUGCCUUCGUCAGCCUGGCAGACAGACCCCCCAGCCCUAUGCAGAAUGGGCGCAGGUCGUGGGCAGACAGUGGUCGUCACUCUGUGGGGGAGGAACAUGAAGUAGGGCUGAGGAGCCCCCAGAGUGCUUACAGCACCCCCUCUUCCUGCCUGAGUCCUGGCACUCUGUCCCCUACCAAACUGGGCCCUAACAACGGCACUCAGGGUGGCAAACACUUCACCAGCAUUGCCUGGCCAGAUGUGCAUGAACUCCUGACCAAGUACAGCUCCGGAGAAACCCCCGAGGGUGAAAGCAUGGCGUCCCUCGCCAGCUCAGAGGACGGUCAGAGCGACAGCAACCUCCAGGAGGGAAGCUGCCGGAGCACCCUCAUCUGUGCCUAUAUGACCCGCUUGCCCCCCACCCCAGAUACUGGCACACCUGUUCUGGGCCCACGGGUGGAGCCAGCACCCUCCUCACAGCCACAAGGGGGCAAGGGGUCGCCGAAAACCAGCUAUGCCACCACCGUCAACCUGCAGAUUGCCGGCAGUGGCCGCAUCACUGCCUUCAGCAAUGCCCAGGUUAGCCUGACACAAACCCUGGCGCCCGCAUCGGACAUCCAGGCCCGGCGACGAGUCAGCAUUAAUGGAUGCAACCUCCCUCAGGCCCAGAGACUUUGAGGUACAGACAAUGGAGUGGGGCACCCGCAGUUGUGCUUGUCUUUGUAGUGACCGUCUUACCAGGCAGCAUAUCCAACAGAAUGACCCUCUAAUAAUCCUAUGUAGUUAUGUUUGCCAGUGUUAUUUUAUUGGAUUUUUUAUACAUUCGUCCCUUCGCAAUAGCUUUUCCUUUUCGCAAAGAACGGCAGCCUUGAUCCCCUCCUGAAGGCAACGUUAUGUCAAAGCAUGUUGUGGCUCUUAUUUAUGAAGAAGUUUUUGUUGUUGAUGUUUUUUGUCCAUGUAUGUGGCACUUAAUGCUGUCUCUUUACUUUGCACAUUGUCUUAUGGCUGCGUGUUGUUCGGACGUGUCUGUGAAAUUAACUUUUAUUUCAGGCCAAACUAAGAUGUUUUUUCUGUAUGUUUCUGUCACAAUUUGUGUCAGAGGGGUGGGGGGUGGGGGUAUUAACGGUAAAUACUGAAUAAUAACUUACAUCUUCUAGAUUGCAGAAAGGGAUGAGUUUUAAAGUAGCUGCUUUGUGCUUUUAUUAGAGUGUGACUACCAACAUCUCUCCUCCAAGAAAAGAUAAUGUUGCCAAUAUUGUUAAAACACGCACUUGCCAUAGCAUCCAAAGAGAGGCAAACCAAUGAAAACAACAUUAUAAAUCAGGUGUUGUAGGAGAAAAUACCCUUUAGAUAUUUGAUCAGCUUCACGUGACAUUAUAAAAUGCACCUUGCUGAAGUCACUUGAUAAUCACCUUGUCUCAAUCAAGUUUUGUUCAUUGGGUUCCUGCCAUAUUUAAUUCACUUUCACUACUCUGAUAUACCAUUUCUUUUUUUAAAUGAGAUUCAAGUACCUAUCCCAGCUAACGAUUUGGUUCUCAAAAAAUUCCUAUCACUCCGAGAGUUAGGGUAAACAUUACCAGUAAGUACUUUUGCCAAGUUUCCUUAAAUGUUAUCUUUAAGUCACAACGAACAUGGAAAGAAUAACCUUAUAACAUUAUUUAGUCUUGUUAUUGAGGUUAAAAAUAAUUUUAAUUGCAAAUGACCAUUUGUUUAAUUUUAGCAGGAAUGUUUACAGUGUUAAAAAAAUCUGUCAUCUCAAGAUUUGAAUUCAUAGCAUUCCUGUCUGUAUUUGACAUCUAUCCUCCAUGAAGGUUUUUCUUGAGUAAAUUAUAAACUAAAGGUGAUUUUAAGUUGGUAUGCAACAUAUCUGGAACAUUUUUAUGUGAUUUUAAUAGAACUUAGUAACAAAAAUGUUGUAUAGGAAUGUACUUAUCAAAAUGUUAUCUCACAAUCAAAUGGGAAUAUAACAAGAAUCCUCCUUGAAGGUCUGGAAACAUUUUAUGUUAGCUGGGUACAAAUGGGGAAAAGGCAUCUACACAAUAUAGACUUGCACUCAUGCCAGUAGUGCAAUUUUGAUGAUACAGUAAUUAUCCCUUCUCUGCAGGAAAACAGUCCAGCAUUCUUGUGUUUCGUACUAUCCAGUUACUCACACCCUAGUAAUAAACAUAAAUUAAAAGA